AUGGCUUCCUUGGCCGUGGAGCGCCUUCAGGAGGAGCGCAAGCGCUUUCGCAAAGACCGCCCUUAUGGCUUUUGGGCCAAGCCAUUGAAUAAUGAAGAUGGCACCAAGAACUUUCUCAAGUGGGAAUGCGGCAUUCCCGGCAAGCAGGAUACGGACUGGGCGGAAGGCACAUAUAAACUUAUCAUGACUUUUCCCGAAGACUACCCCAUGCUGCCCCCCAAGUGCUGCUUCAGCCCACCCCUGUUUCACCCCAAUGUCUAUCCAUCUGGCUCCAUUUGCCUGUCCAUUCUGGACCAUGAGAAGGACUGGACCCCUGCGAUCACAGUUGUUCAGAUUCUCAAAGGCAUUCAGGACCUGCUCGACAACCCCAACAACAACGAUCCCGCACAGCUUGAAGCUCACACUUGCUACAGGCAAGACAAGGAAGAAUACCGACGCCGCGUGCGUGAGCAGGCCCUGAAGUUUGCCACUGCAUAG